AUGGAUGUCACAGCUCCGUGCAUCAGACUGUCAGCUGUAGGACUCAACAGAAUAUUUGUAACCCGUGGCUCUUUGGUCUCUUCAGUGAUGACUCUCAUGAUCCUGCUUUGUGCACAUGAUCCAGAUGCAGUUUCUCUUCUUGUUGUUCCAAACAGAUUGCAGUUUCUUGAAUAUGAAUCAGUAACAUUUCACUGCGAAGGAGUCGAUUAUUGUGAAGUUGUGCAGAAAUACAAAGGGAAAGUAAAAUCAUGUAACAAAACGAAUGAGAGAACACCAACAGGAUCAUCCUGCACGAUUAAAAAUGUUUAUACAGACGACAGUGGAGAGUACUGGUAUGAGACUGGAGGAAGGACAAGAAGCAACAUUAUCAUCCUCUCUGUCACUGCUGGUCCUGUGAUCCUGGAGAGUCCUGCUGUUCCUGUGUUAAUGGAAGAAACUGUGACUCUGAGCUGCAGAAACAAAACAGCUUCCUCCAACUUAACAGCUGAUUUCUACAAAGAUGGACGUCUGAUCUAUCAAAGCUCCACAGGAAACAUUGCCAUCCACAGAGUUUCAAAGUCAGAUGAAGGACUUUACAAGUGUAGCAUCUCAGGAGCUGGAGAAUCACCACAGAGCUGGCUGAAAGUCACAGACAUGACUCAUUCCUCCUCUGCUGCCACACCUUGGAUCAUUGCAACCAUUUUAGUCAGUGCUCUGUUGGUGACAGUGGGACUGCAUCACUUUGGAAAAGGUUACUGGAAGAGAGCUGGUCCUGUGAUCCUGGAGAGUCCUGCUGUUCCUGUGUUAAUGGAAGAAACUGUGACUCUGAGCUGCAGGAACAAAAUUACACCCUCCAGCUUAACAGCUGAUUUCUACAAAGAUGGACGUCUGAUCUAUCAAAGCUCCACAGGAAACAUGACCAUCCAGAGAGUUUCAAAGUCAGAUGAAGGACUUUACAAGUGUAGCAUCUCAGGAGCUGGAGAAUCACCAGAAAGCUGGCUGAAAGUCACAGACAUGACUCUUUCCUCCUCUGCUGCCACACCUUGGAUCAUUGCAACCAUUUUAGUCAGUGCUCUGUUGGUGACAGUGGGACUGCAUCACUUUGGAAAAGGUUACUGGAAGAGAGAGGCCUGCACAGUGGAUGCAGGAGGAGCAACAUAUGCUUUUGUUGCAGAGAGAGAUGACUGA